AUGCAAGACGCUGAUGAAACCAAACAAGAGAGAAAUGGAGAAGACAGUUCUCAUCACAGUGCAGGAGGCAAACAAAGAAAGCCGAGUCGUCGCCGUUCCUCUAAUCGAAAUGAGACAAAGCCGAGUCGUCGCCGUUCCUCUAAUCGAAAUGAGGCAAAGCCGAGUCGUCGCCGUUCCUCUAAUCGAAACGAGGCUGAUCAAGGGAGAAAAGGGCAAGAGGCGUCUCGUGGCAUUGUCGAAGCAAAAAAAGAAACGAAAUCCUCCUCUCUAGAUGAGGCUGGUCGUGAGGCCAAAAGUAGAGCUCACAAGCCCUCGGCCACUGCUUCUAAAUCUCCUUCCAAAUCUCGCGAGCAGAUGGACCGAGAUGCCAAACAUAGAGCCAAAUCUUCGAGGAGCCGAUCGGCAGCAGAUUCUAAUGAUUCGCUGUCAAAAUCAGCAAGAGACCGAGACAGCAAGGCCAAACAUCGUGUACGGCCAAACACAAAAGCAUCUGCCCCCGGUGUCGUCCAAGAAUAUAACGACGACGAAGACGACCGCUGCAGACGAAACAAGGAAAGUUCGACGUCGACGCACACAAACACUGGAGCGGUUCCAUCAUCUGCUGGAGCGAGUCCAUUAUGCUCGCCGUCGAGGCACACAAAAGCUGGAGUGGUUCAAUCAUCUGCUGGAGCGGGUCCAUUAUGCUUGCCGUCGAGGCACACAAAAGCUGGAGCGGCUCAAUCAUCUGCUGGAGCGGGUCCAUUAUGCUUGCCGUCGAGGCACACAAAAGCUGGAGCGGUUUCAUCAUCUUCGUCGGCGUCAAGAAGAAUGGGAGAGAAAAUGGAAGCUGACUCGAAACCACCAAAAGAACCAGAGAUUUCGCUCAAGCCGGAACCUGAAACGACUGCUGUUGCAGGUAGCCUCGUAGAAGGCGACGAUGCUGUCAUUGCUACAGCAGUCGAUGAAGAUGGGGUAGUUCAAGCUAAGGAAACACCGACAAUAAUACCGACAACACUGACAACACCACCAGCACCCGUCAUCACCAGUCCACCACGCAAAUCGUUCUAUGGCAAGGGUGCAUUCUGGAUCGCAGUUCUGUUCAUACUUGCAGGUGCCGGAGUGGGAAUCUUCUUUGCGACACAGUCGAAUAAUGAGACUGCGUUACCUGCCAACGGUGAAGCAGCACGGCCAGUCCCGGAAGAAACGGAGAGACCAACAACAUCUCCUUCUUUUUUUCCAUCCGCGUUUCCGUCUAGUACUCCAACGGAAACCUUGAUAUACGAACCUCCGUCUGAAGAAGACUGUGUUGCGGUGUCGAAUGGAGAUGACUUGGUUGGUCAAGAGGACUUCAACUUGCAGACUUUCAAUAUUCCAAUGGAUGUCGUGCUGUCCGGUCCAGUGGACUCCGAGAUUGUGCGUGUUGAACUCCAAGAAAGAAUCCAAGAAAUGCUCAUGCCCAACCUGAUUGGCUGCUUUUUUGACACUCGUCGUGUACGAGGACGCCAACUAGUGUCUUCCCCUUACACAGUUGCAAAUGGCAAAGUUUUGGUACAGGCCAGACCAGACACACCCUGCACCAGGAGCACCGAGCCGAACUGUCUCAAUGUAUCGGUAAAACUCGACAUGUACGUACGGGGGUCAGAGAGACCCUUUGAUUUGAUCAGUUUGAUCGUCCAGGUGCUGGGACCGGAAGCUUUGCUGGUGAACAAGUUGUCAUUGCAACCGCCUUUUUUGCAGAUAUUUAUCGUGAUGGUCGCCUCUGGAACCAUUACAUUGUCGCCAAGCUCGACGCCUACGGUAGUGUCCAGCGAGAAUCCGACCUUGUUUCCCACGGAAUCUCCGUCCACAGACCCAACUACUGCCCCAGUGACCUUUCCAACCACUGAGGAACCAACUGGAUCGCCGACAGUUGCACCAACUGUACUAUCAACUCCAGAACCAACUAUUCUACCGACUCCUGUGCCCACGACUUCCAGUCCAACAUUUGCUCCGGUUGUAGACGCAACGCCACUUCCAACACCAACACCCACUUUUGCCCCGACAAAAGGGCCAACACUAAGCCCAUCCAAGACGUCCUCUGUAUCACCUUCCAUUGCGCAAUCAGGAAUGCCAUCCUCAAGUCCAUCUGUUGCUGAAUCUGCAGCUCCAUCUACAACUCCGCCAACCUUUGGGCCGACCCAUGAACCCACAGAGGUGGCAUCAAAUAGUCCUACUUUGGCACCCAGUUCCAAUCCUUCCGUCAACGAACCGUUUGGAAACCAAUUCACUUCUUCGACUUAUGUUAUGUACCACCCAAACUUACCCGCUGGUCCCUCCUAUGUCUUUGGCACCCGCGAAGCUGCCGCAGCAGGCUGUGCCGCGAUUGGACUCGAUCUUUGCCCAAAGAUCGCCAUCGAAAAUGGCGAUUUGUGCGCGGCUGGGUGGAUGACGGAUUCCGUAGGAUAUUGGAUCUCCAACCCUAGACCAGGAUGUCGCAACAGUCCCGGCUAUGUGGAGUGGAACCGCGAGUUUGCCGGAGCGUACUGCUGCGGGCGACCUUUGUACUUGCCUCGAAACUACACGUACAUUUACGAUACACGGGAAGAGGCUAGAGCUGCUUGUGCAGAAAAAGGAUUGGUCCUCUGUACAGUUCAGCAAAUUGUCGGAGGAAGUACCUGUGCAUUUGGCUGGCUAGACACACUUUGGGGACUGUACAAUGAUGGUACCUACCCGAGUGGUUGUGGAUCUCUCGGUUUGAACGUGGGUGACACCUAUGAUCCAGCAGGUGCCUAUUGCUGCGCUUCCAAUCAGUAG